GACUUCCCCAAAACUGACACUCGAUACUUUGGAAAAGAGAAGCAUAAAAAAAAAAACAGAGCACUCUGCCACACUCCACCAAAACCCAUCUCCGCGAAACAAAGAACCGAACUUCGAAGAACCCUCCUCGAUCAUUGAAAGAAAUGACGGUUUCGAGAGGGAAGAUGGGGAUUCGUAUGGCUUUCUUGAUCCUCUCCAUUUUGCUCUGCUCUUCUUUGAUCAGAGCCUCCGAGAAACAUGCCUGCCCUCCUGGAGGGAAUCCUGAUGAGGAGUGCAAAGCCAACGAGAACGGGCUGGUGGAUCUGGACGACGAUUUCGACGACACGUACAAGAUCGUCAACAAAAUGGUGGUUCAGCCACCGUCGUUUCGUGCGCCCGACACCGACGCUCUCAUGGGCGACGGUGGGUCUGAUACGGACGUCCGCAUUGAGGGUCACUGAAAAAGGGGAAACAAGUUCGACCUCGUUUUAGGGUUUCUGAGAUUUGUGAGGAAUGAGCGAUUUCUAGAAAUUUUUUCUUUCUUUCUUUCUUUCUCCCUCGUUAAGUUUUUCGCGCCAUUUUUGUUAAAGAGUUGGUUUGGUUCUAUGUGUGGGUCUUUUUGCUUUUUAGGACUAUUUAAAAUUUGGGGUUUCUUUGCUUAUGUUUCUUGGGUUUAAAUGUAGUGGAAUCAAACUCAGUUUCAGAAAUUAUCCCAAAAAAAAAAAAAAACAGUUUCAGAUGUCGAAGCAGUUUUUCAUAAAUCACUAUUUGGAUCUUGGUCCGGUCACUGGGAAGUGCCAAAAAGUGAUAUAUAAUGAAGUAUUUUCAGUGCG